GCAUUCCCCAAUUGCAUUAGGCCAAUUAUGAAGCUAAUUUCAAUUCUAUGAUGAAGCAGUUUGAACCUACUAGUUGGUCUCAAUCCUAUGAGUAUAACACCUGCUCUUUCUUCAAAUGUAGCUUCUGUUUCUCCUCUAAUCGCACCUUUCACUCAAAGGAACAGUGCCCUUUUAUCAUCUGUCAGCCCACAACCUCCUAGGAAUAAGAAUCUUACAACACUAUCUGAAAAGGAGUUGGAAGAAAAGAAAGUCAAAGGCUUAUGCUUCUGGUGUGAUGAGAAGUUUGUGCCAGGCCAUAGGUACCAUCAGAAGAAGUUGUUUAAUAUUGAGGUAGUGUCCUUUGAGGAGGAAGAUGUGGAUACAACAGAGAGAAGGGUAGUUUAACUGGUGAAUUAGACAAGGGUUGAUAUUUAGCUAUGUUUUUCCUUCUUUCCACCCUUGAGGACAAGGGCUAUUUAGGGGAGGGAUUGUUACAGGACUGGAAAUAAGACAGCUGAUGUGGUAGGGGGUGUGCUUAGGUGGAUGGUUGUUGAUGAUAUAUGUAGAUGAUGAUGCAUGAGAUAUGAUGUAUGUAAAAAGUGCUACUAUAAACCUCAUUCUUGUAACAGAAUUGGUUAUCGAAAGCGAAUACAAUUUUCCUAUCUUC